UUGUGGCUUUAGAUGUUUGUAAGGUUUUUUCUUCGAAUUUGUCUUCUUCGAUAAUGCAAGAACAGGAAGCUGCUGUACUGGUUCAGACCGAAGCGAGUACCGAACCGGUGCCCGAGGCGAGUCCUUCUCCACCAUCACCCGAAGGGGAACUAUGGAAAGCAGCAAUUUGCGUAGGCCAGAGGGUAGAAGAAACACUCCGUCACCCAGAGUUUGAGAGAAGCCUGAGGGUGAGAUCCCGUCGAGAUGCACGAAGAUCCUAUGCUCCAUACUGUAAAUCACGCCUACAAGCAGUUCACACUACCAUGUUCCUGAAUGCGACGAUGGUCAAUAAUACGGAACACAUGCAGAACAUGAUCAACAAAGGAUUCAACCCCAACAAUCGAGAAUUUACGUUCAACAGAUCCGCCCUGCACAUCGCAUGCAGUCGAGGUUUCACUGACGCCGUCCGGUUACUUUUGGAAAAUGGGGCAAACCCUAACAUUAGAGAUCUCAAUCGAAAUACCCCACUUCACCUGGCGGCCUGCACGGAAAACAUUGCCAUAAUCGAUCUGCUGCUUAAAUAUGGAACGGACGUAACGGCUCGCGACUCCAAUGGGCUAAUUGCGCUCGAAAUAGCAAUUGGCAAGCUGCGGCUGUCCGAUCGCAUCAUCUCGAAAAUGCAACGACUCACCAAGAGCGACAUCCACAACCACAGGAGCAACGUGGUACGGGUUUGCGAGAUGAUUUUCCGAGUUUUCAAAUCGCAAGUCCGCAACGGGAGCCUUCUCUAUCUGGAUCCGAGCGAGGCCGGUCAUAGGCAGCAACGUGAACUGGAGGAAAUGCUGGAGGAGUUUAGUGGAGUCUUGGAUAAGAUUCGGAACAAACCGAUCGAUUUCGAUGCCAUUGUAGAUCAGGUGGAGAAUUUAAACCUAAAGAGUGAGAUCGAUGGCGAUGUGAAUUCGUUGCUUUCGACGCUGCAGAAGCUAUCCGUUUGAGUGUAGAAUGCAGUACAGAUAGAGGAAAUUAAGGUUUUAAUCGUUUUCAACAUUCUAAAGCGCGCAAUUUAACGAUAAUUUUAAUACCUAGAUACUUGUUUCCAUAUCACUGGUCUUUAAAUAUAUUCCAGUCGAAAACUAGCGACCAUUUUAAUAUGUAAAUUAAGAAUUGAUAGUGCUUUUAGUUGUACAAACUAUUGCUUGCAGAUAAACUAAGAUUAGGUUAGCUUUAGCCAACUUCACUGGAAGGUGAUGAUGUUUCUUUUAAUGACAGAGGAAGAAAUUUACACAUAAACUUACAUUAAACUCACAAUAAAAUUUCCUGUCCCAA